AUGAUAAAAUAUUUUGUGUUGAUUUUUGUAUUGCUGCUGAUUGUUGAAGUUUGUGUUGCGAAACCUCAAAUUGUAUCAGUGGCAUGGCCAGGCGGUGGAUAUUAUGGAAAUUUUGGAUACCCAUUUGCUCGAAGACGUCCUUUUGUGGUUGUAAAUCCUUACAUUUUACCUCCAGUUCCAGUUUAUUCACCAUAUUACUAUUACUAA